AUGCUAAAUGGAUCAAUACCUGCAUGUAUUGGCAAUCAGUCUAGUCUGAGAUAUCUGAAUUUGAGGAGCUCUAACAAUCUCAGUUCUACUAUUCCAACAACCUUGUGGAGCCUUACUUAUGUUUUGGAGGUUUACUUACAUUCAAGCUCUUUGAGUGGCUCCCGUUCUUCAGAAAUUGAAAGUUUGAAGGUCCUCAACGUAGUUGAUUUAUCGGGGAAUCAACUAUCAGUCUCAAGGCUAAACAUUGUGGAAGAUAUUGCUAUGGCAUUGGAAUAUCUUCAUCAGGGUAAUUCAACACCAAUUGUUCAUUGUGAUUUAAAACCCAGCAACAUACUACUGGAUGAAGAUAUGGUGGCACAUGUUGGUGACUUUGGCAUUGCCAAACUAUUGGGUGGAGGAGAAGCUAUGAGACAAACAAUGACAUUAGCAACCAUUGGAUAUAUGGCUCCAGAGUGUGGAUCCAAGGGAAUUGUUUCUACAAGAUGGGAUGUAUAUGCUUUCGAAGAUUCAACAGAAGACCCGAUAAACAUGAGCGAUGAUUUGAUUAUGCUCCAAAAGUUCAAGAAAAAUGAUGUUGAAGGAUAUCAGAGCAGAGCGUAA